AUUGUUUGGUAACAUUAUCUGCAAAAUGGUAACAUUCAAUCUGUAAAAUGUGGUGUUCCAUGUUCUAAAAAGAAAAGUGAGUCUCUUCAGCUGCUUUGAGAUAUAAAGUGAUACAGGUCAUUUUCUAAUGGAUAUAAACACAAGCUCCGUCCUAUAUACAUGCUGGGGGGUAUGUCAGGCCUCCACCACAAGUCACUCACACAAAUAUUUUCAGAAUAAGGUCAUGAUCUUGACCUCAAAAUCUGUCAUGUUCAAUCGUCACUGGUCUUGGUAAAAAUGUCACGUGAGUGAUGUGCGAAGACGCGCCAAUCAAAGGCGUUGCCUUGUUCGCGCGCAGCUAGCACAGACCAAUUCGGUAGCUAACGUUAAUUUAUAGCUAACAGUUUACUGACAAUUUAGGGUGAUACCCUUUGUCUCGCAAAUUAGCAGUCGUGUUUUUGUGUUGUGUUACUCUCAUUAUCACUUCUUAAAGUACUAGUUAAUUAAUUCGUUUUAUAACGUCGCUAUACCUGUGCCGUUGCGAGGGACUAAAAUGUUUCCCAGCAGCACAGAUGCGGUAAUGGACACCUCGGAUGGUGGACAAACAUGGGGACCGUCCCUAACGGACAGAAGCCGACCGUAUGAAACAACCUCGGACGGUCCUGGGUAUUUUUCCCCCGCUUCAUCCCACCAAAGUUUCGAUGAAGGCAGUACGAGCUCCAGCCAUGGCCCGUUCCUCCCCCGAGGCUCCUCAGGUGAUCUCAACGAUAACCAAGUUUAAGCUAACACUCGCGUUAGCUUCUUUUUCAAUGGCAAAACAAAAGUCGAUGCAUUACAAUAAGGACAGGAUACAUUGAUAUAACAACAGUCCCAACAAUAUGGAAUAUUUCCUCUCGACAUAACUUAGGUGAGUUCGAUCCUAGCUUCCGGUUAGGCAGGAUGAAUCCAUCCCCGCUUGCAUCCACCUCGGACAGCCCGUCGCUUCGCGGCCCCGCAGGAACACCGAAGCUCAGGAGGCCACCGGGGUUCGCGGGGGCCACUGGGGGCGCACACCCAGCGCGCACACCACUGACCGAUCACACCGCGACAACUUGCUCCUCGGCGACCGCCGCCUCUGGGGCCUCUGUGCUCGUGGCGGUGGUUGAGGGCCGCGGCUUGGCCAGGGGAGAGAUUGGCAUGGCCAGUCUCAAUUUGAAAUGUCCAGAGCUUGUACUCUCUCAGUUUUCAGACACUGGGGCGUAUGCCAAGGUGAUAACCAAGAUUCACAUCAUGGUGCCACUCGAGAUACUUAUGCCAGACACAGCCAGUGAGAAGGGGAAAGGGACGAAGCUGUUCAGCCUCAUCACCGAGAACUUCCCGGGUGUAGCUUUCACUGCUAUCCAGAGGAAGUAUUUUAAUGAGAGGAAAGGACUGGAGUACAUUCAGCAGCUGUGUGCUCCAGAAUACGGGACCGUCCUCAUGGAAGUGCAAGCUAAGUAUUACUGCCUAGCAGCGGCCGCUGCUUUGCUGAAGUACUUAGAAUUCAUUCAGAACUCCGUCUACGCUGGCAAGUCUCUGAAAGUGAGCUUCAGAGGGAGCGAGCAGACUGCGAUGAUCGACUCCACAUCUGCCGCUAACUUGGAGUUGGUGGUCAAUAACAGAGACCACAGGAGCGGGCACACUCUUUUAGGGGUGCUCAACCACACCAAAACGCCCGGCGGUGCGAGAAGGUUGCGCUCCAAUAUUCUGGAGCCUCUCGUUGAUGUGGACACCAUCAACAUACGCUUGGACACCAUACAAGAGCUGCUGUGCGACACCGAGCUCUUCUUUGACCUGAAAAGCGCCAUCGCUCGUUUCCUGGACAUCGACCAGCUGCUCUCAGUUCUUGUCCAAAUCCCGAAGCAGGAAACCGCUCAGGUUGCCGAAGCAAAAAUCACACACAUCAUCCAACUGAAACACACGUUGGACCUGGUGCCACGUUUAAGGAUGGCGUUGAAGAAUGGAAAUACGGCUCUGCUCAAGGCAUACAGCGCCUCGCUGGAAGACAACAGGUUCGACAUGAUCUUAGAACAGAUCAAGACGGUGGUUAACGAGGACACUACCUACCUGAAGGGGAGCCUGAACUUACGCACCCAGAAGUGUUACGCCGUCCGCCCCGACAUCAACGAGUUCCUCGACAUUGCCCGCAGAGCUUACACUGAGAUAGUGGACGACAUCGCAGGGCUGGUGAGCCAGAUGAUGGAGAAAUAUAGUUUGCCCAUGCGUACCAGCUACAGCACAGCUCGAGGUUUCUUCAUUCAAAUGAAGCUGGAAGGAGGGGUCUUACCUGAAGGGAAACUCCCCCCGGAGUUUAUCAAGGUAACGAAGCACAAGAACAACUAUGGCUUCACCCACGCAGACCUGAUUAAGAUGAAUGAACGCUGCGAUGAGGCCCUGAGGGAGAUCUUUCACAUGUCCUAUGUGGUGAUAUGUCAACUGCUCAGCACCAUCCACGAGCACAUCCACUGCCUUUACAAGCUCUCUGAUGCCGUGUCCAUGCUGGACAUGCUGCUGUCUCUGGCCAACGCGUGCACCGUCUCAGACUACGUGCGCCCCGAGUUCACAGAUACGCUGGCCAUCAAGCAGGGUCGUCACCCCAUCCUGGAGAAGAUGGUCGGACAGCAGCCCGUCUCCAACAACAGCUUCAUCUCCGAGGGCAGCAACUUCGUCAUCAUCACUGGACCCAACAUGAGCGGCAAGUCCACCUACCUCAAACAGGUGGCGCUGUGUCAGGUCAUGGCUCAGAUAGGCUCUUUCGUCCCCGCUGACUACGCCUCCUUUCGCGUUGCCGAUCAGAUUUUCACCAGGAUCGGUGUGGAUGACGAUUUUGAAACAAAUUCGUCCACCUUCAUGUUGGAAAUGAAGGAGAUCUCCUACAUAAUCCACAACGUAAGUGACAGGUCCCUGAUCAUCAUAGACGAGUUGGGCCGGGGAACCAGCGCCGAGGAGGGCAUCGGUAUUUGCUACUCAGUUUGUGAGUUCCUUCUUAGUCGCAAGGCGUUCACCUUGUUUGCCACACACUUUCUUGAGGUGUGCCAGCUGGAGUCUCUUUAUCCCAACGCGGAGAACCAGCACAUGGAGGUGCAGCACACGCGCAGUGGGGACACCGGGGGAGAGAGUGUGGUGUAUACGUACCUGCUGAAUCAAGGAUGCUCUGAAGAAAGACACUAUGGUCUGAGAGCAGCAGAAAUGACGGCGCUUCCCUCAAACAUAAUCCAAGAGGCCAAGAUGAUUGCCUCCAAAGUUAACCAGCAGCUUCUGGCCAAACAUCACAGUGAUCCCGGAGAAAAGAGGGAGAGAGCCGUGUACAAGCUGGCCACCCGCCUCCUGCAGACUGCCAGGAACUCCAGACUGGAUUGUGACAGCUUGCGCAUGUAUCUGAAGGGCUUAAAGAAGCAGUACGAGGCCGAGAUGCUGGCAGCAGGGCAACCGGCCUCCGUUGAACCAGAAGAGGAAUGACUGAUUCAGGCUUACUUAUCAGUCGAAGAAUCAUUACUCAGCAUAUUGUGUUUGGAUUGACAUAUUUGAUGUGGAAUGUCUUUGAAUUUCCGCGUUUCCUUUUGGAUGGUCUGUUAUGAAGACUGUCAUAACACAUGUUCGUUUGUUGUUAUUAAAAUGGUGGCGUUGUAUCCUUAAGCCACAGAAAAUAAAAAUAAACUGGA